AUGCAUCCCACGAUUAUCGGUAACAACGUCUGGUUGCUGCUGUUGGCCGCGUUAUGCGGCCUUUGGCAGCUUCAACCCACCAACGCCAACUGGCAGGGUCAGCAAAACACGAAUCCGGCCACCACUCAGUUCGGGACACCCGCGGCUAAUUUGCAGACGUGCUUCGAGAAGACCAUCUUCGCGAAAAGCCGUAGCCCAGCGGCCGUAUCGCAUAUGGCCGCAAAAACCAUUAAAUUCGUCACGGUGGAAACAUUAGACGACACCUACGGGGGAGCGACCGUCGAAAUCAUUGGUGGCGCCAUCGGCACGGUGAACAUUGUGCUCUCGAUCGCUGACGGCAACAGGAAAUCAUUCUUCAAAAGCAACAUCAAGGUCUCCAUGUUCUGUGCCCCGUAA